UAUGAUCCUGCCACUGACCAGUGGAUGUCUGACGUGGAUCCCUGUCCCACUGGUCGAUUAUUGCUGGAUGUAGCUGCUCUUGACGAUCAUUUUUAUGCAAUUGGCGGGUGUGUGGAUUUCUCUGGUGAAAGCGUAGACAUUGUUGAACGCUAUGACGUUCGGCGAAAUGAGUGGACUUCUGCUGCACCUAUGGGUUCACGGCGAGCCCGUCUUACUGUCUCCGUAUUAGAUGGCUGCCUCUACGCAGUGGGAGGGGACAGUAAUGGUGCUGUUCUCAAUACCGUAGAGAGGUGGAUCAGUUUCAACCUGUUGGACCCAAGAGUCGGUAGAUGGGAAGAGGUUUGUCCCAUGUUAGCAGCUCGAAAUAGUCAUGGUUCUGCAGUGCUCUCUGGCGAAUUGUAUGCAGCGGGUGGAUUCAACGAACAUUCAGAGCGGCUUAGCUCUUCUGAGAAGUACGACCCUCGGACUAAUAAGUGGACUUCGGUGGCUGAUAUGAGCUGUGGCCGAGUCGGUUUGGGACUGGCUGCAGUCAAUGGAAAACUGUAUGCUAUAGAUGGAAAUGGUGAUAAAUCGGUUGAAGUUUUUGAUCCUAAGACGAACCAGUGGGAACACCACAGUAACACGAACUGCGACCGUUUCUAUCCUGGUGUGGCUGUUCUACAGAAGUCAUAG